GGUUUGGGCCGUCGGCUCUUUGUACUUGUGCCACUGGUGAAGACAGGGAUUGCUUCCUCCAUAAGGCCUGUUGCGGUUGCUAAUGCUUCUGCUCUCCCGCCCACACGCUUUUGGAAGUGGAACCGUGUUCUGCAAUGGCCAAAAUUAAAGUGCAUGAGCUCCGCACUAAGAGCAAGAAUGAACUACUUAAUCAGCUCAAGGAGCUAAAAGCUGAGCUUGCUGCUCUGAGAGUCGCAAAGGUCACUGGAGGCGCUCCUAACAAGCUGUCUAAGAUCAAGGUGGUUAGGCUGUCGAUCGCACAGGUUUUAACUGUCAUUUCUCAGACACAGAAAGCUAGCCUUCGCGAAGCAUACAGCAAGAAGAAAUUUAUUCCUAUUGAUUUGCGCCCAAAGAAAACUCGCGCUAUUCGCAGAAGGUUGACCAAGCACCAGGCGUCAAUGAAGACUGAGAAGCAGGAGAAGAAAGAGGCAUACUUCCCCAUGAGGAAGUUCGCAGUUAAGGCUUAGAAGUUUCUGUCUAGAAUGUUAUUGGCCUGUCAGGGCUCCUUAAUUCAAAUUUGCGAAAUUCCUUGGUUUUUGUGAGGCCGAAAAUGUCUCAGAGCGUUCCUUAGACUAAAGUAUUUCCAUACCAUAAGUGUUAUUUACUUAUACCUCUAGAUCUGUUGUUCCUUUAAAGCGUUGUCUGGGAUCAGGGUUGGCUUGCGGCGCAAGUCGUUUCUACAAUGAUUUUAAGUACUGAAUAAUGCCUUUCAAUCUAUGGUGGUCAUCUAACUAA